CAGACCCUCUUGCUGGGUUUGGGAAGGAGCUUGCCUCUUAUCAGGAUGCCUUGUCCAGGUGUGCUUCCUUCCUGAAGAGAGAGGAGACCAAAUAGCUGCUCCCGGGGCUUGUCUUCCCCCCAGCUACAGAGAGCAGAGGAGACCAGGACUCUGUAAUAUGUAGCCUUGGCUGUCCUAGAACUGGCUGCUAUCCUGCCUCCGUCUGGGAUUGCAGGUGUAGGCUACCACUACCAAAUGGGAUGCUUUCUUUCCAUCCUUUCUGAGAGGAAGCAUGGCACGAACCCAGGUCCUACUUUUAACCUGCUUUCCUUUUCGCUUGGAGCUGGUGGCCCUUUCCACCCCGGCGUUGGCUCACUUCCCAGCCACACUCACUGACUCACUGCUGUCGGGAGUCACCGUUGGGCUCCCCUUUACCCACCAAGCCUCUGUCCAAUUCUUUCCCGCCCUAGACGGUGGCAACCCUGAGCGUCCUGGGGACGCGGAGAGUGGUCUCCAUCCUGGGUGUGGAGAACCAGGCCGUGUCGCUGGCGGCCUGCCACCUGCUACAGGUUAUGUUUGAUGCCCUCAAGGAAGGUGUCAAGAAAGGCUUCCGAGGCAAAGAAGGUGCCAUCAUUGUGGAUCCUGCCCGGGAGCUGAAGGUCCUUAUCAGUAACCUCCUGGAGCUGCUGACUGAGAAGGGAGUCUCGGGCCAAGGCCGAGACAAUGCCCUGACCCUCCUAAUUAAAAUGGUACCCCGGAAGUCUCCGAAGGACCCCAACAAUAGCCUCACACUCUGGGUCAUUGAUCAGGGUAGGUGAUACAGUUUAGGAAAACUUGCCUGGGUGGCCGAGGCCUGCCUUGCUGUAGGAGUAAUGAGAAGAGUGCAAUUGUGUACGGCCCCUUGCUUGUCCUGAACUGCUCUCUCUAGCCCUCCCAGUCCCUGUAAGGAGCACAGAGACAGACCGUCCAGUUGUGUGUGUGCGUCAUGUGUGUCUGUGCAAAUGCGUGUGCAUUGGACAGUUCCAAAGAAGGCCAAUCAAAAGGCAGUGCCAUCUUUCUCUAGUUGCCGUUUUUUUUUAAAAUCACAUUAUUUUCUUUUAAACUUUUAAGACAUUUUUAUUAUAUUAAAUCUUUCUCCUUUACAUAUCGCCCCCCUGCCCCGUAUGUGUGUGUGUGUGUGUUCAAAUACCAUGACACAUGUGGACGUUAGGAUAACACGCAGAGGUUGGUUUUCUCCUUCUACCAUGUGGGUCCUGGAGAUCGA